AAAUCACAACCCGCGAGCUCACUCCACUCAACACCGCGUUACGUGCGAAACAAAGGACCUCAAUCCACACUUCCCACCACCACCAGCUGCACUACUGUACCGCCCGUGGUAUACAGCUCGCAGCCGGCUCACAGCUCCUUCCCGCCGCACCAAACUGCUUACCGCAGCUCAACCGCCACACUUACCCAAGCACCCAAGAGCUAAAGACAGGUGUGAUGUCUCUCCCUUGGGCGAUCCAGGAGAUCCACCUCCCAGCUGAGGAGACAAAGGGGCAACAGCGGCGCAGCAUCUUCAACGAGGACCCGUGGGCGCUGAGGAAAUGCCACCAGUGCCAUGAGAAUUUUAUCCCGACCCCUGCGAACAACGACUUCGACUUCUGCUCUGGCGAUUGCCGCUUGAGCUGCUCCAUCUUGCGGCACACCAAGAAACAGGAACGGAGCCAGCAACAGCAGGGGCGCAAGAAGAAGUGACCUCGGUUGGCCAGAGGAGGAACAAAAUGCAAGUGCGAGGGGCGAAAAAAGCGGUACCGAUAUUACUGCAACUACGUAGAUGCCGGCCGAUGCCUCUCGCUGUGCCAACAUGGGCACAACGAUGAGUCCUAUAAUAGCAUACAGCAGGCCGAUUGUCAGAACACGAGUUACUUAGGCUACCGCGCGGUAGCUGGAUUGUUUUUUGAGUUGUUGUUGCGAUCCUUUUCCGCUCUAGGGGGGGUAAACAGCAGUACUUUAUAAGUAAGUGGAUAAGCUUGGAACCUCACCGCCCCCCCCCCUUUCUGGUAAUAAUAUGGAAUAUGAAGUCUGGCGUUCUUUGGAGAUAGAUGGCAGAAACAAUUGACAUAUUUCGAACCACCCGUGUCCUUUGCAAAGCCUAUCGUCGGCUUGCGCCAUUUUAUUUUCAGGGAAUUAUUUUUUUUUUUUUUGGGUCGUGGUCCACUUGUUUUGGAGUUUUUGUCGGGAGGUUUUGGUGGGCCAUCCCACCCUUCAACGGGGGGGAGUGGUAGUUCCGUAAAAAGGUGUCACUCAUUGUGUGGGAACUGUCAACUUUCUUAAGGUUAUGAAGGUAGUUGGGGCGGGGGGGGGGGGGGGG